AUGUCCGAUGACGGUAGCUCGACACAUACAACAGGCAUCAACAGUGAUGACCUGACAACCCAGCUUGCAAACCUCAUAAAAAAUGGCCUCAAUUCCCAGAACCAAAACCAAAAACAAAACCUUUCUGAUAGGCUCAAAAUCAGCGUCAAAUUAAACAACCAAAAUUAUGCCCUAUGGGCUCGAAUGAUUCGAGUUGCCAUUGGGGGGAAAUCAAAAACACUUCUAAGCCACCUAUCCGGAAAUCCAGCCCCGCCAGAUCCAAAAGAUGAGAAAUAUGUGCAAUGGGAACAAGAUGAUUUAGUGGUGUUCUCAUGGCUAAUACAGAACAUCAAACCGGCUUUAGCCAGUAACCUUACUGAGUUUCCCACAGCGAAAUCUCUGUGGGAUGCACUCGUAGUUACGUAUAGCAGUGGAAAAGACAAGUUGCAGACGUUUGACUUACACGUCAAGACAAAUGAAAUCAAGCAGAAUGGUGCACCCCUUGAAGAUUUUGGGAUUUUAAUGCAAGGAAUUUGGGGAGAGAUCGAACGAAGAGACCCAAACCCCAUGACAUGUGCAGCUGAUAUUGCAACCUACAACAAAUUGCGGGCAGAACAGAAGUUAUUCCAGUUUCUCAAUGCCAUAGACCGACAGUAUGACCCAAUAAAACGGGAAAUACUUCGAUGGGAUCCACUGACUUCAGCUGAAGGUGCCUAUGCCGCUGUUCGGAAUGAAACUGCUCACCAGAAUAUUCUUGGAGCAGUUUCUGCUAUUACUUCAUCACAGCAAGGGGUGGCGGCCGGUUUAACGGUAACAGGACCAAGUGAAGCCGAAGGCUUAGGGCUCAUCUCAAAGGGGCAGCGCCGGUCAGACCAGACAGGGAGGACGAAUGGAUCAUCAUCCCGACCAGAUAAAUCACAGUUAAAUUGCAGUCAUUGUGGUAUGUCAAAACACACCAAAGAACAAUGCUUCAAAAUAGUCGGGUACCCCGAAUGGUGGAAUGACGGACAUAAACAAAGUGGAAAAACCACUAGAUCAAAUGGGGGAAGGGCAGCCGCCGCUGUACGCAAUAAUGACACUACCAUCAACAUUGGUGACGGCCAAGGAAACAUCAGAGAAGGAGGAUUCGGUGGUAUGGCAGCAGUAAAGAGGGAUGAUGAAACAGGUAAAGGGUUUGGGGAUUUUUCCUCAAGCCCUUCCUUUUUGAAUCCUAAAUAUUUUCCCCAAAGGUUUUUAAAAUUGGUAGAAAAUACCCUAGAGAACACAACUGAUGAAUUUAUUGGGAGGGGCUAUUUAAAAACAAUUAAAACAGCCCAAAAAUGUGUUGGGAAGGCAAAUAUGGCUCAAAAUUAUUGUGGAAAGCAGGAUAAAUCAUGGAUUCUUGAUUGUGGUGCUACCGACACAAUGACAUUUGAAUUGUCGGAUAUUAUCUCAUCGUCUAAAACAAAAAAAACACACAUUCAAGCGGCUAAUGGAGAAAUAAUGCAUGUUGAAGGGGGAGGAACUAUUGAAAUUUCACCAACCAUUAAACUUUCCAACUGUCUUUAUGUUCCCUCGUUAUCACAUAAAUUGUUAUCAAUCAGUCAUGUGACAAAGGAGCUCAACUGCACGGUUUUAAUGCAUCCUACUUUUUGUAUCUUACAGGAUAUCAGGACGGGAGUGAUCAUUGGGCGUGGCACUGAACGCCAAGGGUUGUAUUACGUGGACGAAGUGACUCAACGCGGUACUGUGAUGCUGGCUCAUGGAACCGUAGAUUGUGAAGCCUGGUUAUGGCAUAGGAGACUUGGACAUCCAUCUAAUGGGUAUUUACAUAUUUUGCUCCCAAAAUUAUUUCCCUCCAAUAAUAUGUCAAAAUGUGAGACGUGUGUGUUAGCAAAAAGCCAUAGACAAACCUUUAAACCAAAUAACACAAGGGUUGAUUUACCUUUUUCAUUGAUCCAUUCUGAUGUUUGGGGUCCGGCUCCGAUUAUUGGGGGACAAAACUUUCGUUUUUUCUUAAUAUUUGUGGAUGAUUGUACUCGAAUGACCUGGGUUUACUUCCUGAAACACAAGUCAGAAGUUUUUGAUAAAUUCACCAUGUUCUAUGCCAUGAUUCAAACCCAGUUCCAAAAGAAUAUUCAGAUUUUUCGAUCUGAUAAUGGAGGGGAAUUUGUUAACACCCAUAUGCAACAAUUUUUUCAAAAAAAGGGGAUAAUUCAUCAAACUACUUGCCCACAUACUCCAGAACAGAAUGGUGUAGUUGAACGAAAAAAUCGUAUUCUGUUAGAAAUAACUCGGGCUCUUCUGAUUGAGUCACGAGUUCCUAAAUCUUUUUGGCCUGAAGCUAUCGCAACAGCCGCUUACCUUAUCAAUCGACUCCCAACCAACAUCCUCAAACUAAAAACUCCAUUACAAACUCUAUCAGGAUUUACCAAAGUACCCCCUGCUCUUACUCUUCAACCACGAAUCUUUGGUUGUUCUAUUUUUGUCCAUAUACCCAAAACGAAUCGAACCAAACUUGACCCUUGUGCUGAGAAGUGUGUAUUCAUUGGUUAUGGAGUAAACCAAAAAGGUUACAGGUGUUAUAAUCCAAAGACACGUCAAAUGUUCACCACCAUGAACUGUGACUUUCUUGAAACUGAGUAUUACUACAAUUCCCAACACAGUGGUCAGGGGGAGAAGGGAUGCUUAGACACAGUAAGUUGGUUGAAAUAUGUUUCAUCAUCAGAGGAGAUUAAUCAUAGUACCAAAGAUGAGUCACUUAAUACUCCCACACAAUCUGUGGAACCAAUCGUUAGUGCCAUUGAAAAUGCUCCUCCCAACCUGAUGCCUGAGGUGAGUAAUACUUACUCUUCUGAUACUCACUCUUCUACUUCUCACUCCCCGGAACAUAUUGAAUCUUCUGGAAGUCCAUCUAUUUCUUUUGACCUUGGUGAGAAAACAACAGAACAGGUUGAACUAGUCCGGUAG